AUUAUCCAAUAGUGUUGCUUGUAGUAUCUCGGGAUGUGUUGUGAAUCGUGUAUACGUUUCAGUUGUUUGACCAUAUUCGCAAUAGAUUGUUGCUUUUACUUCUUGAGAAGAUAAAAAAUAAUAAAUUUAAAUUAAACAGUGUAAUUUUUCUUCUGUAUUACUUCAGUUAUUUAACUUAAUUUUACGAACAAUGGCUGAAGUCGUAGAUGAUAUAAUUAAAACCUUAAACGAAACAAAUGGUACGGACACGGAGUCUGUUCUCAAAAAACUACCAGCCACUACUGAAGGCAUGAUGAUUGCAUACACCAGUUUAGUUGUCAUGGCCCUAGUACCCAUUUUCUUUGGUUCGUUCCGAUCAGUAGAAUUACAGAUUAAAAAUAAAUUGAAAAAAGAAGUACCAGAGUCUAUGACAGAAAAAGAUGCUAUGAUGUUUCCAGUAAUUGCUAGCGGAGCUCUUUUUACGCUCUACAUAGUUUUUAGGGUAUUUUCUAAGGAACACAUAAAUCUAUUAGUGACUCUAUAUUUCUAUGUACUUGGAGUAGCAGCUUUAAAUAAUAUUUUAGGUGCUAAAUUCAGCGCCAUAUUACCAAAAAAUAUACCUAAAACAAAAUACCAAUUGCAGUUUACAGAAAGCUCUAGUGAAAAAAAACAUGAUUGGAUAAAUUUAAAAUUUACAUUACAUGAUGUAUUAUGUUUAAUAGUGUGUACAACAUUAGGAACAUUUUAUUUAUACAGCAAGCAUUGGAUUGUAAACAAUAUAUUUGGAUUGGCAUUUGCUAUAAAUGGAAUAGAAUUAUUACAUCUCAACACCAUUAAAAUUGGAUGUAUCCUAUUAUGUGGUUUAUUCGUGUAUGAUAUAUUUUGGGUGUUUGGUACCAAUGUUAUGGUUACUGUAGCAAAAUCAUUUGAUGCUCCUAUCAAGCUUGUAUUCCCACAGGAUUUAUUAGAAAAUGGUGUCUUAGCUGCUAAAAAUUUUGCCAUGUUGGGCUUAGGUGAUAUUGUUAUUCCAGGAAUAUUUAUUGCAUUCCUGUUAAGAUUUGAUCAAAGCUUAAAACGUAAAACAAAUACAUAUUUCAAUGCUACAUUUUUAGCCUAUCUUUUGGGAUUACUUACCACUGUAUUUGUCAUGCAUGUAUAUAAAGCAGCGCAACCAGCUUUAUUAUACUUGGUACCUGCGUGUUUAAUUACUCCUAUGUUGGUGGCUUUAGUAUGUGGAGAUUUUAAGACUUUAUUCAGUUAUGAAGAUCAUAAAAUGGAACCAGAAAAGACUUCCAAGAAAUUGAAAUAAACUAGAUUUAUUGUAACAUAUAAAAAUUGGAUGCUCUAUUUUCAAUUAAAUUUGAUAUUGAAAGAGUAAUAACUUCAAUACAUGACACUUAAAAUCAAAUUUUAUAAGAUCAUUAUUGACUAUAAAUUUCCUGACAAUAUUAUUCAUAAUAUAUAAAUCAUUUGUCAGGACAAUGACAAAAUAAACUACAUUUAAAUGUUGAAAUGUACUUAUUCAAUUUACUACUAUUUAAAAUAAUUGAAUUUGGCUGUUCAUUGUAUUAAACUUUCUUCCUAAUUAUAGCUUUAUAAAUGUUUUU